AUGGUUGAUUCUAAUAUUUGUUACUGUGAACAUGAAAAUGUAAAUCAAGAUUGUUUAUAUUGCAGAUUAUUAAUGGAAAAAAAUGAAAGUUCACUUCAAAGUGACAAUAACUUUUUAGAUAAAAAAAUGAUUGGCAAUGUAACUAAAACAUUAACAAUUGAAUGUUAUAAUAACAAUUUUUGUUGUGAUAUUAAAAAAGAAACAAAAAAAUAUUUAGAAAGAAUUUUUAAGAAUGACAAUGAUUCAAGAAGUAUAAUUAUAAAUAAAAAUAAUACUUUUGAUGAAAAUAAAAAUAAUUAUUUAAUAUUUCAAUCAUUUUUAAAAUUAUUACACUUUAUUAUAAAAGAAAAAAUAUUUAAUGAUGUAUUGGAGACUUUUAAUAUUAUAUCAUUUUAUAUAAAAUUACUAGAUAAAAUAAAUCUAAAUGUUUAUUUAUGGAGAAUACUAUUUGAUGGAAAGAAUAAAAUACAAAAAAAAGAAAUUAUAUUAUCAAAUGACAUUAGAUUAAAAUAUGGUUUAGUGGAUGAGUGUUUUAUAAAGUCAAUUGAUUUAAAUGGUGAAUCAUUUGAGGAAUUUAUAAUUAUAAAUAAUUUAUUUUCUAUUCAAGAAACUAUAUGUUAUCAUACAAAAGUUAAAAAAUUUAUUAUUGGAGGAUGUCAAAAAACUUCAUAUGAUGAUAAGGUAAAUUAA